GAAAGUCAAAGUCAAGAAUUACAUGGUGGCCAGACCAGUCUGAAGGGUGUAAUGUCGACGAAGCGUGGUCCACAGCCUGAGGAUGCGGGCCCCUCAAAGCGCCUACGAGCAGAAGACGAUAAUGAAGAAUAUCUCGAAUUGGAACCGGAAUUCCCUGACUCUCCCGUGGAGACCUCACUCGUCCCGAAAGGUGCUACAAUCAAUUUCAGUGCGUUGACACGCAAACUAGCGGAACAGCGAAGAGAGGCCGAAGACGAGGAAGACACUGCAAUGGGCUCAUCUACCUUCGCAGCGCAUCGACGCGCACAAAACAAACUCGUUUCGCAUAUCUUCGCAGACCAGGACUUCUCGUGGCUGCAUCUUAAGCCUGAUCAUUCAUCUCGCCCAUUGUGGAUUAGUCCGGAGGAUGGAUACAUUAUUCUUGAGGGCUUCUCACCGAUAGCAGAGCAGGCGCAGGAUUUCUUGGUGGCGAUUAGUGAGCCAGUCAGCAGGCCAGCGUUUAUUCAUGAAUACAAGCUCACUGCGUAUUCUCUCUAUGCUGCCGUCUCAGUCGGGCUGCAGACGGAGGAUAUCAUAGAGGUUUUGAAUCGUCUAUCAAAAGUCCCCGUUCCCGAUACAAUCAUUGACUUCAUUCGCGAAAGAACGAUGUCAUAUGGAAAGGUCAAACUCGUCCUCAAGCAUAACAAAUACUUCAUAGAAUCGAGUCAUCCAGACACAUUGCAGCAUCUUCUCAAGGAUCCCGUCAUCCGUGGUGCCCGAGUCAUUCCCCAGAAUCAGCCUGGCGAUGCAGUCAGUGUUGCUCUCAUGACGUCCAAAGCACCAUCCAAAGCCGGACUUGUGAUACCAGGGACGAAGGAAGCAACAAGUAAUGGGCAGGUCACGGAUGCUGCAAACGCUAACAAGCGGUCGGACGUGGACUUAUUUACGAGCGUCGUCGGAGUUGAUAAUGAUGAAAUUGACGAGGACGAUGACAACGUACACGCAUUUGAGAUUGAUGAUUCGAAGAUCGACGAUGUCAAAAAACGAUGUAACGAGCUCGAAUAUCCUAUGCUUGAAGAGUACGACUUCCGGAACGACACCGUGAAUGCUAAUUUAGAUAUUGAUCUCAAACCGUCAACUGUGAUUCGCCCCUAUCAAGAAACGAGUUUGAGUAAGAUGUUCGGGAAUGGGCGCGCUCGCUCUGGGAUCAUCGUGCUUCCAUGUGGAGCAGGGAAGACCCUUGUAGGAAUCACGGCGGCAUGCACCAUCAAGAAGUCUUGUCUUGUCCUCGCCACGUCAUCGGUAUCUGUUAUGCAAUGGAAGCAGCAGUUCAUGCAAUGGUCUAACGUAACGGAGAAGCAGAUCGCGGUUUUCACGGCUGAUCAGAAGGAGAGGUUUGCGGGGGACAGUGGUAUCGUUGUUUCAACAUAUUCAAUGGUCGCAAAUACGCACAACCGGUCUCACGAGUCCAAAAAAAUGAUGGAAUUCCUUCAAGGACGUGAAUGGGGUUUCAUUCUACUGGACGAAGUCCACGUUGUACCGGCCGCGAUGUUCCGGCGGGUAGUUACGACAAUCAAAGCUCAUGCAAAACUCGGGCUUACCGCUACACUUGUACGAGAGGAUGACAAGAUUACGGAUCUGAAUUACAUGAUUGGUCCGAAGCUCUACGAAGCAAACUGGAUGGAUCUUGCUGCGAAGGGUCAUAUCGCGAACGUGCAGUGUGCAGAGGUCUGGUGCCCAAUGACUCCCGAAUUUUACCGUGAAUAUUUGCGCGAGCAGACUCGAAAGCGUAUGUUACUGUACUGCAUGAAUCCGAACAAGAUCCAGGCCUGCCAAUUCCUUAUCAAAUACCACGAGGAUAGAGGAGACAAAAUCAUUGUGUUCUCCGACAAUGUCUACGCUCUUGAGCACUACGCACGUAAACUCGGGAAACUAUAUAUUCAUGGUGGAACAUCGCAAGUUGAGCGUAUGCGGGUCCUGCAGCACUUCCAACAUCAUCCGAAGGUCAAUACUAUCUUUUUAUCCAAAGUCGGCGAUACGUCUAUCGACUUGCCCGAGGCGACGUGCCUCAUACAAAUCUCAUCACAUUUCGGCUCAAGAAGGCAAGAAGCACAGCGGCUUGGACGAAUCUUGCGUGCCAAACGAAGGAAUGACGAAGGUUUCAACGCGUUCUUCUAUUCACUUGUAUCGAAAGACACACAGGAGAUGUUCUAUAGCACUAAACGUCAGCAGUUCUUGAUUGACCAGGGUUAUUCCUUUAAAGUCAUCACACAUCUUGAUGGCAUCCAAUCAUUACCCGAUCUUGCAUACCGUACGCGCGACGAGCAGAUUGAGCUGAUAAGUUCCGUACUUUUGGCUAACGAAAGCGAUGCUGAACUUGGGAAUGAUGUACGCGCAGGCGAAGGCGAUUUACCUGGGACCGUCACUGCAAAGGACUUUGGUGGGCCUGGACAACGGGGUGGCGCCUUCGGUGCCAGCAAUGUGCCCGGUGCGAAGCGAACAACUGGUAGCCUCGGUGCACUGAGUGGUGGUGCACAUAUGAGCUACGUUGAACAGAAUAAGUCUGCGAAUAAGAAGCUGGCUAAGGAUUCUGUGAAUGCUCCUUCGAGGCAUAAACUGUUUGCGAAGAGGGAUAAGCAGCUUGCGCAGGCGAAGAAGGAUGCGAGGAAAGAAGUGCCAGGAGGAAGGUGAUUUGGCUUACAGGAUUGGAUUUUUACAUGCAUUUGGCGACUAGACUUAUGUUGCAAUCUGUAUUUUGUACCUCAAGUUUAUGCACGAAAGUCAUACCAACAGUAUUGUAAU